AUGUCCUUUAGUUCAUUACGAAGUGUCCGUUCCAUUUUGUCGCAUCAAAAAUAUUUACGCUACUUUCAACAACAACAAAGAUGUCUAGUUACCGUUACUGAUGAAUAUCGUGGAGUAAGCAAAUCACGCUCAUCUCUUAAAGGAGUUGAAUUACUUCGAAAUCCUGCAUUGAAUAAAGGAAUGGCAUUUACUCUCGAAGAACGGCAACAUAUGGGUAUUCACGGUCUUUUACCACCCGCUGUUCUUUCUCAAGACGUUCAAACACUUCGUGUGAUGAUUAAUUUUCGUCGACUGAAUGAUGAUCUCGAUCGUUAUUCAGAAUUAAUGAAUCUAUCGGAUCGAAACGAAAAAUUAUUUUAUCGAGUAAUUGCAGAUAAUAUUGAAGAAAUUAUACCAAUUGUUUAUACACCAACAGUUGGUCUUGCUUGUCAAAAAUAUGGUUUAGUAUUUAAACGCCCGCGAGGUUUAUUUAUUACAAUACAUGACAAAGGUCACAUCUAUGACAUACUGUGUAAUUGGACAGAACAACAAGUGAAAGCAAUAGUAGUCACAGAUGGCGAACGCAUUUUAGGUUUAGGUGAUUUAGGUGCAUUUGGCAUGGGUAUACCAGUUGGUAAAUUGCAAUUAUAUACGGCUAUUGCUGGUAUUCCACCACAACAUUGUUUACCAAUUAUGCUUGAUGUUGGAACAAAUAAUCAAGAAAUCUCAUCAAAUCCUCUUUAUAUUGGAUUAAGACAAAAGCGGGUUACUGGUAAAGAAUAUGAUGAAUUUAUUGAUGAAUUUAUGGAAGCUGUUGUACAACGUUUUGGAUGGGAUUGUCUUAUCCAAUUUGAAGAUUUUGCUAGUCAUAAUGCAUAUCGAUUACUUGAACGUUAUCAAAAACAAUAUUGCACAUUCAAUGAUGAUAUUCAAGGAACAGCUGCUGUUGUUCUUGCUGGGCUUUUUGGUGCGCUUCGUAUUACAAAUACAAAAUUAGUUGAUAAUACAUAUCUUUUUGUUGGAGCUGGUCAAGCUGCAUGUGGUAUUGCUGAUUUGUUAGCACAUGCAAUGAUGCGUGAAGGUGCUACACAAGAAGAAGCAGCUAGCAGGAUUUGGAUGUAUGAUGUUCAUGGUCUUAUUGUUGAAGGUCGACCACAAGGAGAUUUAGAAGGUCCAAAAUCUGCCUAUAUGAAGAAAGGUAAAUCAGUGAAAGAUCUUAAUGCAGUUGUUGAUUAUGUUAAACCGAGUGUACUUGUUGGUGCUAGCGGAGCCGGUCGUCUUUUUCAUGAAGCUGUUCUUAAGAAAAUGGGUGAAAUCAACGAGCGUCCUGUCAUUUUUGCUUUAUCAAAUCCAACUAGUCGUGCAGAAUGCACAGCUGAAGAAGCUUACCGUGAAACAGAAGGACGAUGUAUUUUCGCAUCUGGCAGUCCAUUUAAACCGGUUGUUUAUAAAGAUAAAACAUUUUAUCCAGGUCAAGGCAAUAACGCAUAUAUUUUCCCAGCAGUUUCUCUAGCUACUAUUGCUUGUGCCGCUCGCCAUGUCGAAGAAGAUAUGUUUUUAAUCGCAGCUCAGCAACUUGGGUCACUAGUAAGUCAAGCAGAUUUGGAUGCCGGUCGUGUCUAUCCACCUGUACCAGCAAUACAUGAAGUUACAGUUAAAAUAGCAGCACAUCUAGCUGAACAUCUUUAUGAGACUAAAAAAGCUUGGAAUUAUCCAGAGCCUAGUGACAAAGAAGAAUUUAUUCGCAUGCAAUUAUACGACACAUCUUAUGAAUAUUUUGGUCCUAAAACAUGGAAAUGGCCUGAACAACAUAGUAGCGCACGAAAUGUUCCUUCUAUGGAUGAGGAUGUCUGUUUAGAAUCAUAA